UAUGUUUGUAAUAUUAUUGUGGGUAGUAUUUUUUAUUUUGUUCUUAUUGGAUUUUGUCUUGUAAUUUAAUGCACCAGCAAAUCGGUUUCUAUUUUAAUUUUGGGUUUUCUUUUUUCUACCAGAAACCGCCUGUAGGUGGCUUGUGAGUUUACACUCUGGUUAAGACAGCAGAGAAAAAAAUUGGAGCAGAAAAAGGAACCGUAGCUGGCUGUAGCACGUUGUGCUGAGCUAUUGCACGCUAAAAGAAAAGAAAGCGAGAUAUAUAAUCAAUUCUGAUUAAUUCUAGUAAUGAUUGACAGAAGAGAAGAUAAGUGACCCGAUCCUUGCAGUUAAAUUUCUUUUUGCUGUGAUUUUCUCCGGUUGGUUUUUUUUCCCCCUCCGAACCACAUUCAACUUGGAAUACUCCAGCUGCAUACCACCACAGGCCUGGAUUGGGAUGUGCUGAGCUCCAGGUUUCAACCAAAGACCUGGAACUGCUGGAGUCGCUGCCUGCUUUCACACUGGAUUAAGAUAAGAUUUUGGAUCCAAAGAAAUACAUGGCCAUUGAAUUGACAAAGACUUGACUGACUGACUUAAAUUUCAAAUACUGAACUAAAGAAAGGAACUGAACAAUAAGGAAUCUGGACUAAAAGAAAACACACUACCUGAUAAGGGUGGACACUUUAUGUUUAAAGACAAAUGUUACAACAAUGUACUGUUUAAUUUUGUAUUAAAUAGUCUGUUAAAUUUCUUUGACAUUAAGGUUGUUUGUGCUUAUUAUCCUCUUUUUUUGAACUUAGCAAGAAGACUAAUUGUGAAAUCUAAAUUUCUCAACUUACCCGUUAGUAAGUUACACAAAUUGGUUACAUAAGUGGCGAGCCAGCCAGGAGGAUUUUAUGCUAUAAACAACCAUUAUAAAGAGUUGCUAAGUAAACAUUGUGAUUUUGAUGAUAACCAGGAAAAAUAUGGCUUCUGUUGUUGACGUUGGGAGAGAGUUUGGUGUAAAUGCCAGAAAAUCCAUUCUUCUGAAGGGCAUACUUGAUAAUGACACAGAUGAAGAUAUUUCAGAGGUUGUAUCAUUAUAUGGCAGCGUCAGUAAAAUAGUGAGACUUGAAGACUUUCAAGUGAUUGUUGAGUUUGACUCAGAAGAGUCGCUAAAGCUUAUCAACUUUCCUUCUGUAAUACAGUGUCCUAAGAACCCGGUCUCAAAAUGGUGUUUGGAUAGAGUUGAGGUUUUAACUACCCCCACACUGUCCCCCCCAGCCAUUGACGAAAACCCCGAAGCCACAUGUUCCUUUAAAACUGUGCAGAAUGAACAGGGUAGCUCAGAUAGUACUGGUAGUGAAUCAGACAGCAGUGGAUCAUCUAUUAUAUUCAGUCCUCAAAAAUCACAACCUCCACCCAGUAAGCCAUUAAAAUCUGUCCCCAAACCGCAAGGUGAAACAGAAAAGCUUAAGAGGACAAGUAAGGGAAAGGCAGUACGACCAAAAGAACAAGCCAAGGGCACCACCACAAGCCUAGACUCUGACAUUUUGAACCCACCAGAUGUCCAACGAAUAAUAGUGGAGCAUGUUAUUAAGAGUGAAGCCUCGACAGGUCUAGGCUCCAAGAGACUACGUUCCUUCUCAGGGAGAGUGCCUAAACCUCCUGGUGAAGUGGAUUUUGAAACAUGGUGUUUACAUGUUGAACUUAUGUUUCAGGAUGGCUAUACAAUGGACAUGCAGCGACGACUGAUACUGGAGAGUUUACUGUCACCCGCAGCAGACAUUGUAAAACAACUGGGCUCUCAUUCACCUCCUCAAGACUAUGUAAAACUUCUCCAGUCAGCCUAUGGUCUUGUUGAGGAUGGGGAGGAGAUCUUUGCCAAGUUUCUCAGUACUCAUCAGGACGCAGGUGAGAAAGCAUCUGAAUACAUCCAGAGACUGCAAACCCUCCUUAGCACUGCGGUCAGACGGGGUGGUGUAAGUGGGGCCAAUGCUAAUAGACAACUUUACAAACAGUUUCUGCGGGGUUGCUGGGACCAGACUUUAUUGUUGACCCUGCAACAGAAACUGAGAGGUGAUCUUGCUCCAGAUUUUUCAGAGCUUCUUCUUGAAUUAAGGACGGAAGAAGAAAGAAGAUCCCUUAAAGUAGACAGAAUGCAACGUCACCUUGGAGGAUUUAAAACAAAACCCCUUGCUCAGUUUCAUGGCAUUCUAGAUCCCACCCCCACAACUAAUCAGGACAUAGAUCUAAUGCAGAAAUAUAUAACAGAGACCGAGGACUUAAGGAAACAAGUGGCUGAACUUAAACUACAGUUAACUGAAAAAAGAGCCCAAAGACGAAAAGAAACAUGA